AUGUUUAAAAUUUUUAUACUCUUUGGGACGUUGAUUAUCGUACAAAAAGUGUCAGCACAAGGAAGCAGUUUAUAUCUGCCACCAGAAAAAAAUGGAUACGACUAUCCUCAACCACCCAAUCAACCAAAUAAGCCAAGCAUUCCUGGAAACCCUAAACCUCCUUCAAAUGAAGCACACGAGCCAGGAAUGCCUUUCGAUUUCCAGUAUGCCGUGAAUGAAAUAGACACGACAAAUCAAAACGUGGAUUUCGCACAUACUUCAAAUUCUGAUGGCGAUCUAACAAAAGGCGAAUACAAAGUUGCCUUGCCUGAUGGCCGUAUACAGGUUGUUAGAUAUACAGCAGACUGGAAAAACGGAUAUAAUGCAGAAGUAUCAUAUGAGUAA